UAACAAAACGCAGCAUUGACACAUGCGUUCAAAAAUUAAAGCAUCAAAACAAACUAUACUCCGACAAAUUUUAAGAGUCUUUGAGAACAAGGGUUCGAUGGGCAAUAGGCAGCGUAUUAUUCUUAGCCGGGUUAUGAACAUGUCACGAGCGCCAGCCUUGUUUCUAAACUGGAAAAAGUUAAAUGUCAAUCAAUUUAUUUACAGUGGAAAGUAAAAGGCGAUGGGUGUGUUGCUUUGUAUUGUAGAUAGAACGAAAUAGUUAUUAGUUAAAACAAAUAUUAGGUAAUAAUCAUUAAAAUUUUAGUGUAAACAUAGUCGUUCGUUGUGUAAAAUAAAUCAGUAAUCGUUUGGCAGUGUUUCGAAGUGGUUGUGUGUGUUGAAUUUGAAUCGAAUUAGACAUAAACAUUCGAGUUAUUUAAUGAGACUUGUUUACGACAAGUAUUCCAUUGUAAAUAUCAAGAAUAAAACAAAGGUUUUGGUUUAGAGUGAUAUGUUUGCUGAAGAUUUGACCAUGUUAUGGACGGAGGUGAGAAGUGUGUCUAAGAACUGUUUGUAAACGGAUCCAGUGCAGUGCUCAAGUUGUAUUUUGGAGACUGAAUCAUGUCGAGUUCUCCGUGCCAAAAAGGCGGGAUGCGCCUGAGCGAAGCGUUGGAUAACAUGCAACUGGCGUAUAAUCCAAUCACGAAGCAAUUACAUUUUGUGAGCCCUAAAGUGGAGAAACCGCCCGAGCAGACAGUCGACGAAAUUGAUAAGUUGUCUAAAAAGAGCAGCUUCAGUGAUGAAGGUAACUUCUCAAUAUCUACUUGUGAGAAGAGUGAUACGAGUGACUCUCCGAAGAGCACACUGCAAUGGGGAGGCAGUGUGAGUGGCCACCAGCGAGGGAAAGACGGUGGUUCGUUCUCGAGCACCGUGUCGAGUCUGUCGGAGUGUUCUCUGGGGUCCAGUGCAUCGAGGGAGGAUGAGCUCGGGGACGUGAUCACUGGUGACAGUGACCAGGCUAAGCUGAAGAAGAAAGGACUCUCUAGUUUCUUUAGCAGAGGCGUGUUCCCAUGGAAGAGUAACUCGAAGACCCAAGACUCGCCCACCCAGUCUACCCCCACGGUGACAUGGCGGCUCUUCGGUAGCAAGUCCUCGCAGAACCUGCCUCCUAAGACCCUCAGUGCGGAGACCCAGAAGUCUCUGACGCCGGUGUCGUCGGCAGCGAACACUCCUCAUCAUCAUAAGAGGCAGGGCAGUUCGGCGAGCGAGAAGCAGUUUGAAGAUCUCGUGGCCAGCUCUAUAGCGCUUAUACAACAUGACAGGUCAUGA